AUGGCCACUUUUACGGAUUAUCUAUCUCAAAUAAUUGGUUCAGAGGAGGAUGCUUUGCGUUUACUUGUUGCAAUUUUGGCUUGUUAUCCUUUAGCUAUUAUUUACCGAACAUUUAUUUAUAAAUUACCUGAAAGAUUUCAACAUGCAUUUUUUGUGGUUACUGGUGUGCUGCUUUAUUUGUUUUUUUGUGGUGUAGCCAUCAUCCACACAAUUUUUUCGAUAAUUAUUGCCUAUUUAAUUGUCAAUUUAAUUCCUGGAACAGCUCUCUCUGUUGCUGCUGCACAUAUUUUCUUUUUAGGGCAUUUAUUAAUUGGUAUUUGGUUUGUGGAAUCUUCAACUUAUGAUAUUACAUGGACUACACCUUUUUGUAUUUUGACUUUAAAAAUGACUGCUUUAGUUAUGGAUGUAUAUGAUGGACAUUUACAGCAACAAUCAAAAACAGCUAUAACGGACAAACCAAAUUUAUUGGAAAUUGCAGCUUUUGCUUUUUGUUUUAGUGGAACGCUUACUGGCCCUCAUUUCUCUUUGAAACGUUUUAGAGAAUUUGUUAAGGGGGAUUAUUUGGAUAAAGAAAGGAAUGAAGUUAGGCAAUCCAGUAUAAUGGCAAGUCUUCAACGUUUUGUUGUUGGUGUAUUUUUUGCUGUUUUGUAUAAAUGGGGGACUGUUUGGGUGCCUGACAGUUAUUUUAAUUCUCCUGAAUUUUUGUCGCUUCCAUUAUUUUGGAAAAUAGUUUGGAAUACAAUUUGGUUUAAAUCAACAAUGUAUCGUUAUUGUGUUGCUUGGCUUUUAACAGAGGGAAGUUCAAUUUUGAGUGGAAUUUCUUAUAAUGGAAAAGAUUUAAAUGGGGAUGAUAAAUGGAAUGGAACUAGAAAUAUUAAUAUUUUUAAAUGGGAAUUGGGAAGUGAUUUUCAAUCGGUUAUUGACUCUUUUAAUUGUUGUACUAAUGAAUUUGCUAAAAACCAUAUAUUCAAAAGGCUUAAAUGGCUAGGCAAUAAAUAUUAUAGCCAUUUAAUUACACUUUUAUAUUUGGCGGUAUGGCAUGGAUAUCAUUUGGGUUAUUUUAUGUUAUUUGCUUUUGAAUUUAUGUGUAUGGUGGCACAAGAACAGUUAUAUACAUUUAUUGCUUUUGGCCCUCCCCAAUUUCGUCAUUUAAUUAAUCUUUGGUGGGCAAAACCUCUUUGUUGGUUAUUUGGACGUUUAAAUAUUUGUGUUUCUAUGGCUUUUGCUUUUUUGACUUUUGGACUUGUUAAAAAGGAAAUUUGGAUUACUCCAUUAAAAUCAAUGUAUUUUUAUGGUUAUAUAAUCUAUUUUCUUGUCUGGCCAACUUUCUUUGCCUUUAUUUUAUGGCCAUUAACUAAAAAGCCAAAACCGAGAGGCUAUAGAGAUUUGUCAUAUAAUGCUUUAAGAUCUAUGUCAAUUAUUAUUUACAAUACCAAAUUAAAUGACCAAAUAAUUGUUAAAAAUUCUGGUUUUGAAUUGAACAGAAAAGAUUUUAUGACAAUUUUUUGGAAUGAAUGGUUGAAUGAUGAAGUUAUCAACAUUUAUGCUAGUUUAAUUGUUGAUAGAAGCAAUAAUAAUAAUGAUUUACCCAAGGUUUAUGCUUUCAAUUCUUUCUUUUAUUCAACUUUAUCUUCAAAUGGUUAUGACCGGGUUAAGCGUUGGACUAAAAAUAUGGAUAUUUUUGAAAAUCAAAUAAUUAUUGUUCCGAUACAUUUAUCUAUUCAUUGGUGUUUGGUGGUUAUUGAUUUGGAAGAACGCAAAAUGGAUUAUUACGAUUCUUUGCACCAAGACAAUUUUGAAUGUUUGGAAUUGUUACAAGAAUAUCUAAUUAACGAAUCUAUGGAGAAAAGACAAAUUCCUUUGGACAUGAAUGGAUGGCAAUUUAAUUUUUUGAGGAAUAUUCCUCCUCAAAGAAAUAUUUCUGAUUGUGGAGUAUUUUCUUGUUUGUUUGCGGAAUUUGCAUCGCGUAGAGCGCCUAUUACAUUUACUCAGGAACACAUUCCCUAUUUCCGUGAGAGAAUUGCUUAUCAAAUUUUGAGGAAAGAAUUGAGUGUUUAAUUCUAAGAAGUAAAACAUGCGCAAAACAUUUUAUUUUAAAUUUAUUUUAUUUGUUUUAAUGAAAAUUUUUGAUGUUUUGAUUAAAUUAUGGUUUUAUUUUGUUAAUUAUGCUAAAUGUUUUUGUUGUUUUAAUAGUGUUCUGAUUUUUUUUGUUUGUGCUAAAUUAAACAACAAAAACAUUACCUUGAUGAGAGGAAAUUCUGAUUUAUUUGUUUUAUUUAAACUUUUCUGAUGUUUAUUUAAUGUUUUGGUUAAAUUCUGAUUUGUUUUUAGAUGUUUAUGUUGUUUUGAAGAUGUUCUGAUUUUUUUGUUUUGUUUGGGUUAAUCAAAAAAAAUAGUGAGAGGAAAUUCUGAUUUGUUUGUUUUGUUUAAACUUCUCCAAUGUUUAUUUAAUGUUUUGAUUAAAUUCUGAUUUAUUUUUAAAUGUUUUUGUUGUUUUAAUACUGUUCUGAUUUUUUGUUUUUGAUAAAUUCUGAUUUUAUAGAGGAAUUUCUGAUUUUUUGACUUGUUUUCUCCAAUGUUUUGAUUAAAUUCUGAUUUUUUCG